AUGGCCUCGACUCCCUCCUCCUCCGGCCGCCUCGCUGGCAAAAACGCCGUCAUCACGGGCGCCGCCGGCGGCAUCGGCCUCGAGACGUCCAUCCUCUUCGCCAAGGAGGGCGCCAACGUCCUCAUGUCCGACAUUUCCCUCGAGGCCCUCGAGAAGGCCCAGGCAAAGGUCAAGCAGCUCGUCCCCUCGGCUGCCAUGGUUGAGAUUAAGAAGUGCGACGUCUCCAAGGAAAGCGAGGUCCAGGCCCUCGUCGAGAGCGUCGACGCCUGGGGCGGCCUCGACGUCAUGUUUAACAACGCCGGCAUCAUGCAUGCCAAGGACGACGACGCCGUCAACACCCCCGAGGCCAUCUGGGACCUGACGCAGAGCAUCAACGUCAAGGGCGUCUGGUUCGGCUGCAAGCACGCCGUCCUCGCUCUGCGCCGCCACGCCAAGCGCCGCGGCUCCGUCAUCAACACGGCCUCGUUUGUCGCCCUCAUGGGUGCCGCCACCCCGCAGCUCGCCUACACCGCCUCCAAGGGCGCCGUCCUCGCCCUCACCCGCGAGCUGGCCAUGGUCCACGCCCGCGAGGGUUUCCGCUUUAACUCGCUCUGCCCUGCGCCCCUCAACACUCCGCUCCUCCAGGAUUGGCUCGGCGACGAUGCCGCCAAGCGUCACCGCCGCGAGGUGCACUUUCCCACCGGCCGCUUCGGAGAGGCCGUCGAGCAGGCCCACGCCGUCGUCUUCCUCGCCAGCGACGAGUCGAGCUUCGUCAACGGACACGAUUUUGUCGUCGACGGCGGCCUGAGCAAGGCCUACGUCACCCCCGAGGGGCCCCCCGCGCCAGCGCCCCAGAACAACGCCCCCAAGAGCUCGCUCGAGUAG